AUGGCUCAAAGAGAUUCUCAGGGUCUUAAAAUUUCAUGGCGCCUCGGCAAAUGUAUGUGUCUCAGUAAACGCCUCUUGUUCCCGCAUCCCUUUCCUACAUUGUUGUGUACUCUAAAAAACUUCUCCCCCCACCACUUCUCCAUCUAUCGAAUAUUUCUUCUGACGCACCGGCGUAAAUGUAGUCAGAUGAAAAUUUUCUUUUACCUUCCCCGCGUUUUUUUCUCAACCUCAAGAGCGACCAAGAAAAACUUGAGAAUAAAGUUCUCUCUAUUGAAAUCGCGUGCGAUAAAAUUUAUACCAUAA